CAUGGACAGAGAAAGCAAGCUGCCAUCAGAAGAAGUGUUGUUUCCUUCUCUUCUUUACUAUUUUUCACUCCCUUCUGCUUUUGCAGGUUUUGUUAAGUUUUUCAAUAAAGUAUGGCUUGCAAAUACACUACUUCGUGGUCUUUUCGGAAUAACAUUAACCGGUUCGGUUCCAGUUCGGUUCUUGACAGGAACCAAACCGUAUUUUCUCGGUUUCGGUUCGGUUCGGUUCCGGUUCUACGGUUCUGAUACGGAUCCCUAG